UUAUUCUUUAAUGGCCGAAAUCUCGAAUUCCCAUCAUCUCAUAUCUCAUUUCAUCCUAAGCAACAUACCAUCAACAUAUCUCAACCUACUAGGUAGAUAAUCUAACCAACUACCUACCGAACUAAAAUAGCAAUCCUGUUCUAUUUACUUUUUUUUCCAUCCAACAAUCGUUCGUUCUUCAACAUCGUUUGAUCAACUUUACAAUUGUGGCAUUAGCUGUGCCAUUUGUGAUAUCAUAUCUCUCCAUCUUCUAAGGUCGAGAUCUUGUAAGGCCUAUAGUGUGUGGCUUGCGGCUCGCUGGCUUUGCCCUGCCUAGUGGCUUCACAUCUACAGUACAGACACACACAUACACACACAUACACAUACACACACAAGACACUUACACUUACACUUACACACGCUUUCGGUUCAAGUUACCUACUUGCGCAACUGUACUACGACACACGGCAACGGACGCAACCGCACGGCAACGGACGUGGCAACUGACGCCCACUUCUCCUCUUACUUGAACCCAUUUCGAUUAAUUCCCAACUUAUAGUCGUUUAUCUCGCCAAGCCUGGACUGCGCAUGAUAGCUCAUACAUUAUCACCUCACCAUCUAUAACUUUUACCUCUAUCCCGCCUUGGGGCACUUCUUCCUUGAUAUACUGCGGGAUUCGUCAUGGACGCAGGUGUUAUGCAGGACAUCGACGUUUAUCCUGCUGGUGAUAAGACUUUCGAGACUUUCUUCGACCAAACUACAGACUACUCACAACAACUAUCAUCGAUCAGCUUUUGGGACGAACUAGACAGGUCAGCUGAAUCCAGUGUCGUGAACUCGGCCCCGACAACAGCUUCGCACCAGACCCCCAGCACCUCUGCUGAUUCGCCAGCUUCAACCGCAUCACAAAACCUUUCUAUCUCACACAAGCACAAGCUUGCUCGACAGGAGCUACCAAAGAAGCGCCAGUGCUCUGAUAUUCGAAGGUCCAGAUUCGCCGAGGACCCUUCUACCCUAGAUUGUUCUGACUAUUGGCUUCGCUUCGACAGCGACAACGAAAGCGAACCCAUCUUUGAGAACCGCGAUAGCAAACCCACCCUAGCUCACCCUCAUCCUAGGUCAAGGAUUGCCGGGAGACCCGGCAAUAGCUUCAAAGUGGCUUAUCCGCCCUCGUCCACUGCUGAUCUGAUCGACGAUAGCGCCCUUGACCACGCGCUGUCGGACGAAGACGACCUCUUCUCCAUGGCUCUAGCUGACCAACUUACCAAGAAUGAGGCACCUGUGCCUUCAGAGGUCCCACCACGGGAGAGACUCUACUCAACCCCCCUUAGCUGGGAGCCACCGCAGCCCGGUUUCCGUAUGGAUUAUGUCAAUGUAAACCCCCCUUUUAACGACCCCGAACGCCAGCGAUUACUAGCUAUCGCUAUGGGCACUGGACAAGCCCCACAACAACCAGUCAGCGCACGACAAGCACCUGGAAUGGACUUCCGAUUCGAGAUCAACCAAAGUCCAACAACCAUGAGUGACAGCAAAAGCAAUACGCCCGAGCCUCGAACUAAGCCAACUGCGACAAGGCCGCAAGCCCCCGUACGCACUAAUUCAACGGAAGGCUUGGACAAGCCUAAGGACAAGCCAAGAAAUAGCGACCGAGCUGCGCAUAACGAUAUUGAACGAAAGUAUCGUACCAACUUAAAGGAUAAGAUCGCUGAGUUAAGGGAUGCUAUUCCAUCUCUACGAGCGAUACCAGAAGACGGCGAUGACAAUGAGAAUGCUGGUACAUCAAGAACUGCCCCUAAAGUAAGCAAGGGCACUGUCUUGACUAAGGCAACCGAGUAUAUUCACCAGCUUGAGCGGAGAAACCGGUCGAUGGCUCAGAAGAACGAAGAGCUCGCCCGUCGUUUACACGCUUUUGAACAACUGGUUGGUGCCGCACCUGCACCCAACUGGGCGCCACAAGGAUAUGGCGCUUCCGUCUUCAACCCGCGAGCAUUUUCUUAGACAGUGGUUUAACACACUCACUUGCCAAAUUCGCAUCAUCAUUCAAAUAUCGACAAUUCUCAUCACCACUCAUCUUUAAUAUUCAUCAUCUAGGACUUUUUACUUUACACCAUGAUGAUACUAAACGAAUAUCACGAUACCCAAGAUCUGCAACCCACUCCCAUUCGAAUGAAACUGGGCUUGGUAGUCUCAGACACAUCUACAUACGAAUACAAACACAUUCAACUACCUUCCGUACCUCCCCCA